CGGAACAUGACUCACGUUUCUGUGACCUUCUCCUGAAAUGGGUGAGAGCGAAGGCCUGACCUACGGGCCGGCUGCAAUAAGCGAGCGAGGAGCCCGUGAAUUGCUGAACCAAGUAAUAGAAUUUCUGCAAUUUAUUCAAUUUCACCAAACUGUGCAUACCUUAGUCGAAGAGCGAGCUACUAAGAGCGUUCAGUUGCGAACCUCGUUGCUCAGCGCUAGGACACACAGCAAGGAUGUGCGGGAUAGGCUACGUGCAGAUAUGCUUCGCAAGUUCGACGAGGGUCGCAGGGACGAGUUUUUCGCUCUUUGGCAUCAGUAUGUGCCAGCACACCUGCUGGGAGAAGAUCUUGACACGCUGAAGCUGGAGUUUCACCUGCAGGUCUACUUCGCCGUGUACCCGGUGCUGCCCUCGUCCGCCGUGCUGGUGGUGGCCCCUGGGUCGGCCGCCACAGCGGCGCCCGGUGGCGGCCACGGAGGGGGAUGUGGUACGACAAGCGGCACGACACCUGGAUCCGCACAUGGCGGCGCGGGGAGCAGGCAGCAGGAGCUGGCGCAGCGCAUGAAGGUGUUCAAGCGCUACCUGGAGGGGGGUCGCGGGGCGGCUCUGGCGCUCAAUCCCGAGUGCCUGCCGUACUACGCGUUGCCGUACGUGGCACAGCCCGAGCAGCACCCCUCCUUCGAGUCCCUCUUCCAUGCCUGCCCGCCCCCCGCCCCGCCCGCCUGGGUGGUGCAGCAGCGCAAGCGCCUCAAGGCCUUUCUGGCGAGCGGCGCGGGGGCUGCGGGUGGUACUGCUGCGGGCAAAGCCGCUGGGAGUAGGGCUGGCGGAGGGGUCAAGCACGGCGGUGGCGGCGGCGGUGGUGAUGGGAACUGUACGGCAGCAGCAGCAGCAGGAGGAGGGCAGGUACCGCUGCUGUACAUGUUGUACGAACAGCACAUGCGGGCGUCUGGGAGCGGAACCACAGCCAGAUGUACGCUACCAGGUACGGCAACAGCGUCCGUACGACAGCCGCCGCAACGGCAUCAACAACUCCCGCCGCUGAAACGCGGCACAGGCGCUUCAACCGCCGUCACCACUGGGGGAGGCCGCUCGCGAAUACCCGCUCCCUCCGCUGCAGUAGCUGCAGCAGCUCCUCCUGCUGCUGCGGCUGUUGCUGCUGCCUGCAGUACGGCAGGAGCUGCUGGGGAGGUGGAGUUGUACGGCAGCGAGGAGGGGGAGGAGCAUACCGGAGGGGAGGAGGAGGAGGAGGAGGAGGUUGACGAGGCGGAGAUGGAGGCGGCGCUCAGGAGCCCCUACGACUGCGCUACAACGCCCGCAACCGCCAACCGCCUCCACCCCAGCUGCAACGGUCACAGCACCCAUGAAACAGGCGACAACAGCCCGCACCGUGUUCUAGACGGCUGCAGGCACCACCCCGACCACCCCGCUAGCAACGGCGAAGAUACCAACAACAGCAGCCGUUGUUCGGUUGCGCUGCUAUCACUGCGGCAGUUGGGGCUAACGGAAUCUGCCGUACUGCGGGAGAGUGUGGUGCUGAUUGAGGGGACAAUGGGGCCUUAUGACGACGGCCGUGCCACUGCUGCCGCCAUCACCGCUGCUGCCGCCGCCGCCGCCGCUGCUGACGCUGAGCCCUUAGAGGCAGCCCGUGACGAGGCAGGCGGGGGCAUACCACCAGCUGAAGGGGUGGCGGCGGCAGGGGGUGUUGGUGUCAGCUGCAGCGGUGACGACGAGGGUGUGUGUGGCCCCAGCUGCUGUGGCGGCAGUGGUGGUAGUGGCUCGCUGGCUGCGGCGCUGCUGGCGCCGCUGGACUACUGCAGGCUGCAGAGGGACCUGCAGGGUCCGGACCGCCUGCUGGCUGCGCGGCUGCUUCAGGCGCUGCGGUGGCGGCUGCUGCGGUCGCCCCGGGGGGGACCCCGGGCAGCCGCCCUCGCGUCGCUGGUGCAGGCGGAUGUGCUGGGCUGGGGGGCGGCAGGGGAGGGGGCGGCAGGAGGGGAUGUGCGAGCAGAGCAGCAGCAGCAGCAGCAGCUCCCGUUGCUGUUGCAGUUGCUUGUUGGAGGAGGAGGAGGAGGUUACGGCAACAGCAGCCUUGACAUCAGCAGUAACCACGGAAGCACGGUGGCACGCAGUGGAGGCGGUGCUCCUGAUGGUACCGACCAACGAGUUGAAGUUGACCCAAGGGUCACCACCGAGUUGGUUCGCCUCCUGGCUGUCAUGUCCGCCUAUUCAGCGGGUCGCAGGUACCUCCUAGGGCUCGAGCGACGGCUAGGGCCUACGUCACCAGCAAACCAUGAUUCUGCCUCCUCAUCUUCUUCUCCUCCUGCCCCUGCGCCUGGUACACAGCCAUCAUCGUCAGUGACGUCAUCGCCGCUUGCAUCCCCCCCGCGGCAGUGCGCGCUGCCAUGCGCUUCCACCGCCUCACCUGCCCCCUCCUCUUCGUGUUGCGGGGAAGGAGCGGGCGGGAUGAGUGCCGGCUGCGGAGGCGGCAGCCGUGGUGGCGGCGGCAGCAGCAGCACAGCUGGCGCCCCUGGUAACAGGGAGACGCUGGUGGGGGCACUACUGGGGCUGCUGCAGCGGCAGACGAGGGGCUGGCUGCAGCCCGGCAGUGGGGGGGCUCCUCCGGCAGCCGCGUCCGCAGCACCCGGCACCUCCCGCUCCGCCGCCGCUGCCCCCUCCGCUGCCCCCCCGCUGCCUCUGCUGCUGCCCUCCGGCCUGCUAGCCCUGCGGCGUCUGGU